GCUAAUCCGGCUAGCGGCUAACGGCUAGCGGCUAGCUGCGAUGGCGGAACUGGUGCAGGGACAGGCCUCGAUGGGCCAGCCGGGGAUGAAGGCUGACGGCCUGGCGGACGUGAUCCAGAGGGCCCGCCAGAUGGUGGGGAAGAUGGGUCCUGGUCCUGAAUCUCUGCCUCACCUGAACCUGAACAGCUCCUCUGGACCCGGAGAGUCCGGCCUGUUCUACACCCAGAACCGGGGCGCCGAGGAGCCAGCAGGAAACCAACUGGCAGCCAUCGGCCAUCAGAGCAGAGUUCUCACAGAGGACUACAAGGUUCCUGACAGGAUGGUGGGCUUCAUCAUCGGCCGGGGCGGGGAGCAGAUCACCAGGAUCCAGCUGGAGUCCGGCUGCAAGAUCCAGAUCGCCGCCGACGGCGGCGGUCUGGCGGAGCGGCCCUGUUCCCUGACCGGGACCCCCGAGAGCAUCGAGCAGGCCAAGCGGCUGCUGGUCCAGAUCGUGGACCGCUGCAGGAACGGGCCCGGUUUCCACGGCGACGGGGAGGGCGGGGCCUCGGUCCAGGAGAUGCUGAUCCCGGCCAGCAAGGUGGGGCUGGUGAUCGGGCGAGGAGGAGACACCAUCAAGCAGCUGCAGGAGCGAGCCGGAGUGAAGAUGAUGAUGAUCCAGGACGGACCGAUGCCGACCGGAGCCGACAAACCUCUGCGCAUCUCUGGAGAUCCGUACAAAGUCCAGGCGGCGCGGGAGCUGGUGCUGGAGGUGAUCCGGGAGAAGGACGGAGACUUCCGGCCGGGUCGCGGAGACUUCGGCGGCCGCCUCGGAGGAACCAACCUGGACGUUCCCGUCCCGAGGUUCGCCGUGGGGAUCGUGAUCGGCCGCAACGGAGAGAUGAUCAAGAAGAUCCAGAACGACGCCGGAGUCCGGAUCCAGUUCAAAGCAGACGACGGGAUCAGUCCAGAACGUGUUGCCAUGGUGAUGGGCCACCCGGACCGCUGCCAGCACGCCGUGCACCUCAUCAACGAGCUCAUCCAGACCGCCCAGGAGCGAGACGGAGUGGGCGUGUCUCUGCGGGGCGGCCGGCUCAGGGGCCGCUCUGAUUGGACGAUGGGCUCUCCCGGCCCCCUACAGGAAGUGACCUACACCAUCCCUGCUGACAAGUGUGGCCUGGUCAUCGGCAAAGGAGGAGAAACCAUCAAGAACAUCAACCAGCAGUCUGGAGCCCACGUGGAGCUGCAGAGGAACCCGCCCCCCUCCACCGACCCCAACACCCGCGUCUUCACCAUCAGAGGCUCCGCCCAGCAGAUGGAGGUCGCCCGCCAGCUCAUCGACGACAAGAUCGGGGGGUCAGGGGUCAUCAGCAACGGAGGCUUUGGUUUCAGCCCUUUCGCCCAGGGCCCCGCGGCACACCAGAACAGCGGCCACGCCUUCAUGACCGGAGUCUGGGGAGGAAACAGCUACCAGACCGGCUGGCAGAGCCCCGCCCAGCAGGACCCUGGUCAGCAGAAUCAGCCUCAGAGCUUGAUGACAGACUACAGUAAGGCCUGGGAGGAUUACUACAAGAAACAGAGCCAGUCCUCCCAGACCUCGGUUCCGGACUACGGGGCGGUUCUAGCAGAGUACUACCGACAGCAGCCUUACCUGUGGAACCCCGCCCAGAUCCAGGACCACUAGAGGCCGGCGGCGGACCCCCGGGACCCCCGGGACCUCUGGAGACCUCUGGUGACCCGGGGACCUGGGGAUUCUGGAGGACUCACUGAAGGGAUCCAGUGGAUCUGGUCCUGGACUCGUCCCUGGUUCUGGUUCUCGCCGGGCCGUCCCGCUCUCUGGGUUUUAAGACGAACUUCCAGGUUUCUCCGUGUGGCUUUAAUCAGACCUCCGGGCUCUCCGUCGCUCCCUCGUCCUCCUCCCGCCGGCGGCCCGCCGGUCUGCGGUUCUGAUCCUGGUCCCGGUUCCGGUUCCUCCGCCCCCGAACUUCUACUGUGUCACAUGAUCACGCCUCAUUUUCCCGCCAAAACCAGGAAUGGUGGGACGCUCCUGUCUCCGUACGCGUACCCGGACCCAGACCUGGACCCGGACCCGGACCUGGACCCCAGACCUGGACCCGGACCCGGACCUGGACCCCAGACCUGGACCCGGACCCAGACCUGGACCCGGACCCGGACCCCAGACCUGGACCCGGACCUGGACACGGACCCACGGUCUGAUUCCCCCCAGACCCAGACCCAGACCCUAGGUCUGACCCUUCCCGGACCGGUCCCAGUCGCCGGGUCCAGAACAGAACAGAACCAAACCCUCAGAUCGUCUCUUCAUCAGGAUUCCAGGGUCUGCGGGGAUUGAGGUGAGGGGUCAGCAGGUCAAAGGUCAGGGUCACCUGUGAUGGAUGCUGAUCCGCUGACGGAGCGUCUCAGAAGAACCUCCGUCAGACCAGAACCGACAGAACCCUGCAGCGGAACAACGACGGAACCGGACUGACGGAUCUGACCGGAUCAGAUCAGAUCAGAUCAGAUCAUAAACAGAUCAUCAGUGUCCAACUGUGUGUGUGUGUGUGUGAGUGUGUGUGUGUGUGUGUGUGUGUGUGUGUGUGUGUUCUGCUGUUGAGUUGAAUCAGUGCGUGUUUGUUGUACGUGUGUCUGAUGAUGAUGAUGAUGAUGAUGAUGAUGAUGAAGAUGGGGGAGUGGGCGGAGCUCUGCAGUUAAAUCCUGUGUUUAGUUUUUUUGGCUGCUACGCUCGCUGUCGCUGUCCUGCAGUGGGCGGGGUUUGUAUGGUGAAGCCCCGCCUCCUGCAGUGGGCGGGGUUUGUAUGGUGAAGCCCUGCCUCCUGCAGUGGGCGGGGUUUGUAUGGUGGCGCCCCGCCCCCUGGCCCUGGGGGCGGGGUUUGUAUCUGAAGCCCCGCCCCCUGGCCCUGGGGGCGGGGCUUGGGUUUCUGUUGUUUUUCUAAUGUGGAGCUGUAACAUUUUUCUACUGGAGCGGAGGAGCGGCAGAACCAAUAAACAGACUCCUCCUUCA